UUCUGUAAUAAUAUAAUGUGUGAUGAAGAGGAUUCACCGAUACACAAUAGGGAAAAACAACAGAGAGAUGAUUUAGAUUUAGAUUCGGCUUUGGAGAAACAAAGGAACAUUUUCUUAGAGGAGUUAGAGAACAGGUUUUCGAGUAUUUCGUCAAAAAAGGCUUCUUCCGAUAGUUCGUUUACAUUCAAGAACGAAGGGAAUAAAAUACAAGUCGAAUUCAACUGUGCUAGAAUAGAUGGACUAAAACGAAUAGCUGAUAUUUGUACUUUUAGCCCUGAUCUAGUGAAAUCCACUGCAACUAAAGAAAUUGACGAGCUAAAACAGAGAAAUAAACUCUUAAAAAUCGCGGAUAAACAUGGCUGGGACACUGUCCGCGAGUACACUGACAAUCCUCUUGCUGAUAAUUCUGAAGACGCAGCUAAUCUCAGAGCAGCCAUCGCGCGUGCUAUGCGCAAUCGAAGGUUUAAUCCCUAUCAGCGUACCUCCACAAGCACAGUUUCCUCCGCAAAUCAACAGCAGAAAGCUCAAGGUCCUUUUCGGGGCUUUCAAACAGGAUAUGAAGGAGGCAUGUCUAAAAGGUUUGGGACAGGAUUCUCGCAGACGAGAAGAGCCGAUGUUGGCCCCUGCUUUGCCUGCCACUUGCAAGGCCACUUCGCUAGACAAUGUCCAUAUGUCCAGAGGAACACGGUCAGAAAUGUCCAAGAGCUCACCACAAGAACGGGAGAAAAUGCAGACUCCAUCAAGAACGACUCUCAAGACAGAAAUUGAAAAAAAUCUUCAUUCUUCCAAACCUUGGACGAACAUAAAGCGUUUUGAAAAUCAUCCUUUACCCGGUAAUGCAGCAAAAAGGAUACCGGACAUUGCCAGAUCUUCAAAAUCCAAG